AUUUUUAGAUUUGGUAAUUCGUUACUUGGGGUUUGUUCGUCAGACCAUCCCUUUUGACCUACCUCCCCCAAUGUCCAUUCGAUAUCGCAAGGAGAAGCUCGAUUUGCUGCUGCCGCUCCUACCCAGAGCUUUGUCGGCGGUGGAGUAGACAGGGAGGCAAUGGUGUACUUCUGGCUCACCGCCUUCUUCCUCAUCGUCGCCCUCAUCGUUCUCGUCAUCUACCAGCUUAUGUGUUUGGCUGACCUAGAAUUUGAUCAUAUCAAUCCUUAUGAUUCAGCCUCACAAAUAAAUAAAGUGAUAUAUCCAGAGUUUGGUUUGCAAGGAUUUUUGUGCCUACUCUUUCUGAUGUCUGGAAAUUGGUGGAUGGUUUUGCUUUCUGUUCCAUACCUCUACUACAAUGCAAGAUUGUACCAGAGGCGGCAACAUCUGAUAGACGUUACGGAGAUCUUUAACCAGCUCAAUCAAGAAAAGAAAAGACGCCUCUUCAAGCUCAUCAACCUUGUUAUCCUUCUCUUCCUGUCGUUGUUCUGGAUGAUUUAUAGCAUAUUGGAAGACGACGAAUAGUUGCCAACACUCUGAGCUUCCACUUGUUUCAUCGUCUGAUAAUUCAUUAUUUGUCACUGCAAUUGCAACAACGCCAAUUAGUUAUUAGUUGCUCAUUCGGUCUCUCUUUUUAGUAAUGAGAUUUGUUCGGGAAAUCGGUGAUCUUUGACAACCAGAACAACAAAGUCCAGCUUUCAAUUGGUUGUGUUCCUCUCCGAAAAAAUUAUACCAUAUCAGGUACAUGUAAACUUCUAUCGGAUGAUCUUAUUGCAAGGGUGGGUGCUACAAAACUUUGUAAACUAGAGAUUACUUAAUUCUGGUAAUCGACAUUGUUAUAGAAAAUAACAUCUCUGAUUGCCCAUUUGUUUCA